GCUCUCUUCUGGACGACGUUGGUGUGCUGAGCGCUUCUACCCACCGCGUUAACCGCCAGAGCUUCGUUUCCCCCUCUCACGCCGUCCAGGUUCGAGCGUGGAAACGUCUUAUCGCUUUUUAUCGAGCGCUAGCUUCACAGAUUCAACGAAGUCAUGAAGUUAUCCCGUUGUACUAAUCAUCGACGGUGAAUUUUGCCUAUUGAUACCCCGCGUCUUCUAUCCCUAUCGACGUCAGUCCAUCGAUUCCAGCCGCCAAAAUGAGUUUUCUCGAUUCAGUCCUCUCGUCCAUCGAGACGGGAAAACCCUCUCGUUUACCACCAUCCUCUUCAUCCUUGUCAGCGCCGGUUUCAUCCUCCAACGCCAAAUCUGAGGUCCGCAAGCCCAGCACAACCCCCCGUGAAGCGCCCCUCGAGCGGAAGACACUGGCUGCGGGCACGAAAAGGAAGGCUGAGGAGCAGCUGCCCCGUACUCAAAAGCCUGAUGCCAAAGGGCCUCGUCGACCUCUACCCUCGCGACCAGCCCCAGCAUCCACGUCUGCCAAGCCUCGUCCCACCAUCGCUUCUCCCGCCAAACCCUCUAAACCAUCUAUCAAUAGCAAUACAUCCGGCGCUCAAAAACCAGCCUCAGCAUCCUCCAAGGCACCACCCAAAGGAUCAUAUGCGGAUCUCAUGAUGAAAGCCAAGGCCCUCCAAGAUAAAGCGCCGUCACAAGUGGGCAUGUUUAAGCAUCAGGCUGUUCCGAAGGAGAAACUCAGCAAGGUGGAGCGCAAGAAAAAGACGCAGGAAGCGCAGACCAAGGGCAAAGAAGACCCAACCGCCAAAAAGUCGGGAUCAGCCCCCAACGCGGCACAUGGCAAACCUGUUAAGAAACGUGAACCGGAAGAGCUGGCAUACAAGGGCACUGCAAAACCCCCGCCGGCGCCUGCGCUCCCUGAGUACCGAGGAACGGCCGGGUUACCCAGUCGAGUCAAUCCUCAGGAUCGGAAAUCACAGGGCCGAGGUGCAGGACGAUCGAGGAUGAAUGAGUAUCUUGGAACGGACGAAGAGGACGAAGGAGAGUAUGCAGAUGACUACGAUGACUACUACUCCGACGCAUCCUCGGACAUGGAAGGAGGUUUCGACGAUGUGGAGGAGGAAGAAGCCAAGGCAUUAGCCGCUGCCAGGCGAGAGGACGAAGAAGAAUGGCGUGCGGAACAAGCAGCCAAGCAAGACAAGCUGGACCGUCGCAACAAACUUGCUGCUUUGGCAGCCAGGAGACGCUGAGUUUUACCAAGCAAGCAUUUCGAAUUCCUCUCGGUACCUUCUCUUACCUUUUCCAUUUUCUUUUCUUUUCCUUUCUUGUCUUCUCUUUGUUGGUAAUUUCUUAUGGGUUUCGUCAGCAUUUUCUUGACUUGGACACGGAGCAUCAGCGAGGUAUACCCCGAGGGUGCAUAACACACAACUUUGCUAUUCUUUUCUUUGUUUGCUUCCACUUGCUAUGAGCAUCAGCGAGCGUCAUGGUGUCGAUAGAUGGUUCGAUCAUUUGCUUUUCUUUUAUUCUACAAAUACUCACCCUUUGUUCACAUACAUAGCUUCACACCGCUCAGAUUUACACGGUUCU